AUGGCUUACACCCAGCAAAAAGCUCGAAAACUCGGCGUUCCCAUCUAUCAACUCCUCGGAGGCAAGGUACGGGACAAGAUCAAGGUGUACGCGUGGAUUGGUGGUGACAGACCUAAUGAGGUUGCUGAAGCAGUGAAGACGAGAAAGGCACAGGGAUUUCUUUCCGUGAAAAUGAACGGCACGGAAGAUCUCGGGUGGUUAGACAGCCCAGCGGCACUCCAUAGCUCUGUCCAGCGCCUCAAGACAGUCAAGGAACUAGGUAUGGACGCAGGAGUUGACUUCCACGGCCGAGUGCACAAACCGAUGGCGGCACAGCUAGCAAAGGCUCUCGAACCUCAUCAGCCAAUGUUCAUUGAGGAACCUCUGCUCUCUGAGCAUCCAGGAGGAAUUAAAGCUCUUUCGGAAAAGACCUCGAUCCCCAUCGCUCUCGGCGAGCGGCUACAUAGCCGUUGGGAUGUGCGCCCGUUCCUUGAGGCAAAUUGCAUCGACAUAUUGCAGCCAGACAUUGCUCACUGUGGAGGGAUUUCCGAGCUUCGCAGAAUUGCAGCAAUGGCAGAGACUUAUGAUGUUGCUAUUGCACCUCACUCGCCUCUUGGCCCUAUCGCUUUAGCCGCAAGUGUGCAAGUUGAUACUGUCAUUCCAAACUUUGCGAUUCAGGAAAUGAGUUUGGGUAUUCACUACAACGAAGGGGCCGACCUGACGAGCUAUACAAAGAACCCCGAGGUUUGGCAGCCUACAGAAGGAUACAUCAAGAUCCUUGAUGGACCUGGGCUAGGAAUCGAGGUUGACGAAGAGCAAGUCCGUGCUAUGGCCAAGACACUGGAGGGAAAGAAGGCUUGGACAAAUCCAGCCAUUGAUCUGGGAAAGACGCCAAGGAUGAGCGAUAGCGAAGAGUUUGUGGUUGAAGAACCCGUUCUUGCGGACGACGAUCCGAUGCGCGCGUUCCUGCCAUCAUCCUUUGGGAAGAAGUCGAAGGAGGCAGAUAUCGCUGCUCAGAUCGAUCGCAGCAAAAGAGCUGUGGAAAAGCCACAAGCACCACAGGUGAAACACGAGGUGAAGUCCGAAGACUCAAAGUCUGGUUCUGAUGAGGACAGCGACGAUGACUCGGAUGAGUCUGACGACGAAGAUGAAUACCCCGUAUCCCACGAGCUGGUUCUGAAGACGCACGAGAGAGCCGUAACAAGCGUCUCACUAGAUCCGGCGGGAUCAAGACUGGCAUCGGCUUCUCUCGAUGGCACUAUCAAGCUGCAUGACUUCGCGUCCAUGACACCGACCACCCUGCGCGCAUUCAAGACCGUCGACCCCUACGAAACGAAAGCCUCCGCUGCUUCUGCAGAAUCACAUCCUAUCAAUUUGGUUCAAUUCAACCCUCUUUCUGGCGGCGUGUUCCUAUGCGUUGCGGCGCACCCACAAGCGAAGAUCCUGUCCAGAGACGGGGACAUCCUUACCGAAUUUGUUAAAGGUGAUAUGUACCUAAGAGAUAUGCACAACACCAAGGGCCAUGUUUCAGAGAUCACGACAGGCACGUGGCAUCCUACUGACAAGAAUGUCUGUGUCACGGCAGGAACUGACAGUACGUUGCGAAUAUGGGACAUAAAUAACAAGCGGAGCCAGAAGGAGGUCAUCGUGGUCAAAUCAAAAGCCGCAGGGUCGGCGGGUCGAACAAGGAUGACGGCAGUUGCAUGGGGUACACCGGUACAGGGUGGUAACAAUGUGCUUGUUGCAGCCGCAUUGGACGGAUCUCUGGUGAUGUAUGGAGGCAAUGGGCCAUUCACCCGACCAUCGGCAGAAAUUCGAGAAGCACACAAACCCGACACCUGGACAGGAGGAAUCGACAUUAGCUCCGAUGGUCGAAUGGUGGUUACGAAAGGCGGCGAUGGCUUGAUCAAACUGUGGGAUACACGCAAAUUCAAGGAGCCUCUGGUGACGGUUUCUCACCCCUCGACCUCAGACAGAUUUGCCACAAGCAACAUCAAAUACGCGCCAAAUUCUACCAGUAUAAUCACUGGAUCUGCCUCUGGCCAUCUUCACAUUCUGAAUCCCGGAAACCUAAGGGCAGAGCAUGUCACCUCUAUCACACCGGGCGCUCCUCUGAUUGUGGUAGAUUGGCAUCCAAAAAUAAACCAAAUCGUCACGGGCUCUGCGAAUGCAGAAACCCAUGUACUCUACAAUCCCACCAUGUCGUCAAGGGGAGCUGUUGAGGUCAUGUCGCGAGCUCCGAAGAAGCGGCAUAUUGACGAUAAUCCAGCACUCACCAUGGACCAGAGUCUCGGAAUGUCUGGCGACUCUAUCAUAACCCCCGGUAGUAUGCCUGGACAGAAGAGGACUGGAGUGACAGCGUCAGGCAAAUCAAGAGAUCCUCGACGGCCUCAGAUGCCGCUGCAGACACCGUUCAUGAGAAGCCAGCCGGACGAGAAACACAUUGAGGAGAAUAUCCCGCUCAGUCGCAUGCUUCACGAAGAUCCAAGAGAAGCUCUGCUGAAAUAUGCAGACGUUGCAAAGAAAGACCCGAUGUUCACGGGUGCUUGGAAGACUACACAGCCAGUUACCCAGUAUGCAGAUAUCAGCGAUGAGGAGGAGGAAGGACCAGAUAAGAAGAGAGCCAAGAGGUGA